CUCGUCGUGCAGUGUUUCUCUAAGCAUUAACUAGAGAAUUGCUGCCAUUUGAAGAAUCAAAAAUAUAAAAACACAAAAAAACAACAAUUCCUUUCAAAAAAAAUAAAAAAUGGCACGCCAAAUGAUUGUUGUGGCCUUGGUCAUGGUGGCCAUUGUUGGGUUGGUUUCCGCCCAAGCACCCAGCCACGCCCCAUCUAAAUCCCCAUCCUCCGCCCCCUCCGCCGCCACACCCAAGGCCGCCGCCGCCAGCUCCCCCAAGUCAUCCCCCUCCUCCUCCUCAUCCCCUGCCUCCUCUCCCAAGAGCAGCAGCGCCUCCGCCCCAUCCUCAUCUGAGACCGCCCCCACCACCAGCUCACCGGCUUCCUCCCCAUCCACCACCGAUGACCUCUCAUCUCCCCCUGCUCCCGCCAGCGAGGCCUCUGAUGCACCUGCAGCAUCCGGACCCACCGCUGAGGCUCCCGCCGAGGCACCCGCCAAGAGUGGCUCCGCCACCUUGAAGGCUUCCGCUGUCGUCGGCGCCGCCGCCGUGGCUGGAUUCUUCUACUUUUAAGCUUUUUUUUUAAGAAAAAAAUAAUAAUAAUAAAAAAUUGAGAUUAUAUUUGGAAAAAAAAAAGAGCAAAAUUUGUUGCUUUUAGUUGCUCAUCUUCUUUUCAGAUUAAUUCGAGAAAAAAAUGGAUUAAAUCUUCUUUUUGUUGGUAUUAAAUAGUGCUAUAGUAUCGGGUGAUGAGACAUAAUUGUAACGAGUCCUGAGCUAUUGUACACGCAACAGAAAAUCGCUAAGGGGUUUUUUUCCCUUGGCCAAAAGAAGAGGCAACAGUUUUUAUGUUAAUGCAUCUUCUUUUUUGUUUUUUGCAUUGGAUCAAUUUCAUUAUGAUUUGUUAACAUUAAAUGAUCAAAUUGUUUAUCCUACUUCCAUCUCUCUGGGGGGUUUUUUUUUUGUUGAUUUUAAUUUAAAACUUAUUAAUUG